GUACUCAAAUUCUGGUUCAAAAAAGACUAUAGAAAGCUUUUCAAAGAACUUUGGUUUACAAAAGAAGGAAGUGAAGAAAGACGAAUAGCAGACGAGCUGGUGAACUCGACCUUCUUCAGUACUGUGAUUCAAGCCGAGCAGGGUCAACUAGAGAUUUGGAAAAGAAGUGCUUCAGAUAUCACUGCUUUGAUUAUAGUAUUGGAUCAAUUUUCGAGGCAUUGUUACCGUGAUGAACAUGACGACUGGAAAAUAAAACGCAACAGUGAGGCUGCUAGGCAAUUGUCGAUGGAUCUGCUAUCCAAAAAUUGGCUUGAAAAGCUCAAGUAUGAAGAACGGGUUUUUGCAAUGAUGCCUAUAAGACACUCACCUGACCAAGGCUCCUUGAAGCUUCUCAUAGAUAUGACAGAAAAAUGGGAAAAGGAAGCAAGAAAUGCAAAAGAUGAGCGAUCACUUGAAAUCCUUGUUCGA